UUCUGUUACAGAAUGGUAUAGGUUUAAAAACAUCGACACCAGUCAUCAAAAUAUCAUACAUUCAAAGCAUGAUAUCAACAUUUAACACAAAAACAAUUCUUCAAGCCUCGCCAUUUAUUUCUGUUCUUUCCAAAUCUGUUGAAAAGGCAGUAUCACAACCUACUGUAGCUCUAUCUGUAACAGAAGGUUUGUGUGCUUCUUUGAUGCUAUUAAAAUUUGCAAGUGCGCAACAAGAAAAAGACAAUGAUUUCCAGAAUGUUUGGAAUGCCGUUUUAGAUAUGGAGAAGCAAAUUUUCUUUUCUGAGAAAUAUUUGACAACCUGCUCUGAAGAUGGUUUAGUAUAUUUGAUGCAGUUCUGCGAAUUACUCUUGGUACAAUACCCCGAAAAAAUAAAAAAACCAGAACCAAUCCAUAGAGCAAUCUUAUAUUGCUCAACACACUCCUCGAGUGGUACAAGACGUAAAUGUUUGUCAAUACUCAAAAGGAUAGUAUGUAGUUUAAGCGGGGCCAGUUUUGCAAGAUGUUUGUUCAGGGAACUCAACAAAUUCUUAGAUACAAAUAAAAUUUUAAAUAAAACCGAAUCAGACGAUAAAGAAAAUGAAAGCAGUAAUAGUUUGACUUCACACUCAGUUGUAGAGUGUAUAACAACCUUGUUUUCAUUAUCCUGUACAUGUGUGGAAGAUAUUCAGCUAUUAGCUAUAGACUCAUUACUAGCCACACAUCAUCCUGCUGUGGUAGCUUUAACUCCAAAUUUGUGGAUAAAAAUUAUCAAACAUUUUAAAAUUAAACCUAAAGAUUUAGUAGCCCAAAAAUCCUUACAAUUUAAACAACUUCUCAUUGAAGAUUAUGCAAAUAAACAAACAUUCGAAAAUGCUUUAGCUACCCUUGUAUCUGUUCACGGUGAUAUUAUAUUACCUGACAUCACUAGAAAAGUUUUAACACAAUUAGAAGAUCCUAGAAUAUGUCAGAUAUCUAAAGACGAUUAUUUCAUAUUUUUAACACCGGAAGGGGAGCUUUAUGAUAAAAGUGUAAUACCAGGAGAUGACAGUAAUGCAGAAAUCAAUCUAAAAAGGGAAAGCAAAGUUUAUAGUUACAAGGACCAAAUAGAAGAAUUACAAUUAAGAAGAGAAUUAGAGGACAAGAGGAGAAAAGAAGGAAAGAUUAAACCUCCUAAACUCACUCCUAAGCAACAAGAAGCCAUAAAAAAUCAAACAAUAAAAGAACAAGGUAUUAGAAACAGACUUGCAGAGUUAAACACAUUAAUUUUAAAUUCCAUAUCCAUGAUACAAGCAGCGGCUAGAGGUAACCCACUCCAAUUAUCGUUAUAUUUUAAAGAUCUUCUCCCAUCCCUUCUCCAAGACUUGCAAUCACCUCUAGCCGCUCCUUAUAUUUGCAAGCUUUUCACCAGUCUCAGAAAAACUGUAUUUUCUGAUGAACUGGACACUCUGGGAGAACUAAUCUCUUAUGUCACCCUAAGAUUAGCCAAACCACAAUGUGAUUUAGACAUUAAUUGGGAAUCCGAAAAUCUUAACAAAGCAAUGGUUAGAACUGUAUCAUUAAUUCACCAAAAGACUGUUCCUAAAAAGACUGAAGAAGAACAUACACAGGAGUGCUUCACAGUGCCAGCUUUUUGUUAUACAUUUCCAUUUUUAAAAUAUAGUUUGACCUCUAAUUAUGCCAGAAAUCACGAUGAGUUACUCCACGAUGGAUUACAAAUUAUUAACGAGCACGCCAAAUUACGAGGAUCUGAGGAUAAUGGUAUUAAAGACCUUCAUCAUCCGAAGUACUUGCCAACCAAGCAAAUUUUAAGCCUUCUUGUGGAUAUUAUUAACUCGACAAAUGGUAGAAUACAAUCACAAUGUGAAGCUUGCCUUUUAGAAGUAGCUGCUUGUAUCAGCGGCAAUAUAGGUUGUGCUAAAGCCACCACUGAAGAAAUUGACGUAUUACUUGGUGCCUUACAAAGUCCUGCUACGGUAGUUCGAGAUGCCGCUCUUAGAGGUCUCAAUAUCGAUAUUUUAUCAUUACCAAAUUUUGAAACUAAUUACGAAUACGCACUGAAUGUUUAUAAGAGAAUUUGGAUUGCGAGAUUUGAUGAAAACGAGGAGAACAGAUCGCUAGCUCAACAACUUUGGGAAAAAGCCAAUAUGGAAUUUCCUGUGAUGCUUAGUGAUAUAUUAUUAGAUGAUAUUGAACAUCCUGUAGAAAGCGUCCAAUCAGCAGCUGCUAAAUCUUUGGCAGCUCUUCUUGAAACUGAUCAAAGCCAGGUUGAAGAUACUUUAAAACAUCUAAUACAACUCUACAAAGAUAGACUAAAAAUGAUACCAGCGAGAGUAGAUGAGUUUGGAAGAGAAGUCGAGAAGGCGAUUGAUACUUGGUUCCCUAGAAGAGGUGUGGCCCUUGCUUUAGUUGAAUUGGCACCACUUUUAACUGAUGAACUUAUCGCUGAUCUGAUUCAAUUUUUUGUAUUUCAAUCUUUGGGAGAUCGGAAUGAAACUGUACGGAAAGAGAUGGUAAACGCUGCACUAAGAGUAGUAGAUUUUCAUGGAAAAGAAACUGUUGGUACGCUGUGGCCUGUUUUUGAUGACUUCAUGGGAAAAUCAUCUAAGUCAGCUACUUAUGAUGCUGUAAAACAAGCCGUUGUAAUUCUUAUGGGAUCUUUAGCUAGACAUUUAGACAAAGAUGAUCCAAGAAUUAAACCAAUUGUUUUAAGGCUGAUCCAAGCUUUAAGCACUCCAUCACAAACUGUUCAAGAAGCAGUAGCCAAUUGUUUACCUCAUUUAAUACCAUCAGUCAAAGACGAUUCUCCUGGUUAUGUUAACAAACUUCUACAUCAGUUGCUUAAAGGAGAUAAAUAUGGUGAAAGAAAAGGUGCUGCCUAUGGUUUAGCGGGUUUAGUUAAAGGAAUGGGUAUAUUAGCUUUAAAACAACAUGAUAUUAUGACUAAACUUACUGAAGCUAUUCAAGAUAAGAAAAAUUACAAGCAUAGAGAAGGAGCUUUAUUUGCAUUUGAGAUGUUGUUCCAAAUGUUAGGAAAACUAUUUGAACCUUACAUUGUUCACGUUUUACCUCAUCUUCUUCAAUGUUUUGGAGAUACUAGUCAAUAUGUCCGUACAGCUGCAGAUGAUACAGCAAAAGUUGUUAUGAGUAAACUAUCCGGACACGGUGUUAAGUUGGUUUUACCUUCAUUGUUGGCUGCUUUAGAAGAGGAUUCUUGGAGGACCAAAACUGGUUCUGUCGAACUACUGGGUGCUAUGGCUUACUGUGCUCCUAAACAAUUAUCUUCAUGUUUACCAAGUAUUGUACCAAAAUUGAUUGAAGUAUUGAGUGAUUCUCACAUGAAAGUACAGGAAGCAGGGGCAGAUGCAUUAAGAGUAAUCGGAUCAGUAAUUAGAAAUCCGGAAAUUCAAGCUAUCGUUCCAGUUCUAUUGAAAGCUUUACAAGAUCCUUCAAAUAAAACGUCAGUUUGCUUACAAACUCUUUUAGAUACACAAUUUGUACAUUUUAUUGAUGCACCAUCUCUGGCUCUAAUUAUGCCAGUAGUCCAGCGAGCUUUCAUUGACAGAUCAACAGAAACAAGAAAAAUGGCAGCUCAAAUAAUUGGUAACAUGUACUCGUUAACAGAUCAGAAAGAUUUGAUGCCAUACUUACCUACCAUUAUACCAGGUUUAAAGACUUCUUUGCUAGAUCCCGUGCCAGAAGUUAGAUCAGUAAGUGCUAGGGCUUUGGGUGCUAUGGUUAGAGGAAUGGGCGAAUCAAGUUUUGAAGACCUACUCCCAUGGUUGAUGCAGACUUUAACUUCUGAAACGAGUUCUGUUGAUAGAUCAGGAGCAGCGCAAGGUUUGUCAGAGGUUGUUGGCGGACUUGGUGUUGAAAAACUCCAUAAACUUAUGCCUGAUAUAAUUAGUACUGCUGAAAGAACUGAUAUUGCUCCUCAUGUCAAAGAUGGUUACAUUAUGAUGUUUAUUUACAUGCCUGUUGUGUUUACUAAUGAGUUUACUCCAUACAUAGGACAAAUUAUUAAUCCAAUAUUAAAGGCUUUGGCAGAUGAAAAUGAGUAUGUCAGAGAUACUGCUCUAAAGGCAGGUCAAAGAAUCGUUACUCUUUAUGCUGAUUCUGCAAUUUUACUUCUAUUACCGGAGUUAGAGAAGGGUUUGUUUGAUGAAAAUUGGAGGAUUAGAUACAGUUCUGUGCAACUGCUUGGAGAUUUGCUAUACAGAAUCUCUGGUGUAACUGGUAAAAUGAGUACAGAAACGGCUAGCGAAGAUGAUAAUUUUGGAACAGAACAAUCCCAUAUGGCAAUCAUUAAAUCUCUAGGCGCGGAAAGACGUAACAGAGUUUUAGCGGGACUAUACAUGGGUAGGUCUGAUGUAGCUUUGAUGGUUAGACAAGCUGCACUUCAUGUAUGGAAAGUUGUUGUUACUAAUACUCCCAGGACAUUGAGAGAGAUAUUACCUACGUUAUUUGGUCUUUUAUUAGGUUGUUUGGCAAGUGACAGUUAUGACAAACGUCAAGUAGCCGCCAGAACUCUAGGGGAUUUAGUCAGAAAGCUUGGAGAAAGAGUUUUGCCGGAAAUAAUUCCAAUCUUAGAACGUGGUUUACAGUCUGAUCAAUCAGAUCAACGUCAAGGUGUUUGUAUUGGAUUAUCAGAAAUCAUGGCAUCUACAUCCAAAGAAAUGGUGCUCACUUUUGUAAAUUCUUUAGUGCCAACUGUGAGAAAGGCGUUGUGUGACCCCUUGCCUGAAGUUAGGCAGGCAGCUGCCAAAACUUUUGACAGUUUGCACUUCACUGUAGGUUCACGAGCAUUGGAUGAUAUUUUGCCUACACUUUUGAAUCAAUUGAAUGAUGAAGAUCCAAAUGUAGUUGAAUGGACUCUAGAUGGUUUGAGACAGGUCAUGGCUAUUAAAUCUCGGGUUGUACUUCCUUAUUUAGUUCCUCAGCUAACUGCUCCACCUGCCAAUACCAAAGCACUUUCUAUUCUUGCUUCUGUAGCUGGUGAAUCCCUUAAUAAAUAUCUUCCUAAAAUACUACCGGCUUUGCAAAUGACUUUAGCCACUUCCAGAGGUACUCCAGAUGAAUCACAGCAAAUGGAAUAUUGCCAAGCUGUUGUUCUAUCAGUAGUUGAUGAAGUUGGAAUCAGAACUGUCAUAGACACAAUGUUAGAAAAUACCAGAAACGAAGACGCCGAUCAAAGACGAGCAGCUGCAACUUUAUUGUGCGGUUUUUGUGCAAACUCCAAAGCUCAAUAUAUGGCACAUGUUCCUCAAUUAUUGAGAGGACUCAUUCAUUUAUGUACUGACUCAGAUAAAGAAGUCCUACAGAUGUCUUGGGAAGCUCUAAAUGCAGUAACAAAAACAUUAGAACCAAAACAGCAAGCCUCAUAUGUGUCAGAUGUACGUCAAGCUGUCCGUUAUGCUAUGUCAGAUAUGAAGGGUACCUCUGACUUACUACCUGGAUUUUGCUUACCUAAAGGAAUUGCACCUAUUUUGCCUAUCUUCAGAGAAGCAAUUUUAAACGGAGAUGGAGAUGAAAAAGAUGCUGCUGCUCAAGGUUUAGGUGAAAUUAUUAAGGUUACCAGUGCUCAAGCGUUACAACCAAGUGUGGUAGCGAUUACUGGUCCCCUGAUUAGGAUUUUGGGUGACAGAUUCAGUGCGAAUGUUAAGACUGCUGUUUUGGAAGCUUUAGCGAUAUUGUUAGCAAAGGUCGGCAUUAUGUUGAAACAAUUCUUACCGCAACUUCAAACUACUUUUGUAAAAGCUUUGAACGAUCCAAAUCGUGCUGUACGUUUGAAGUCCGCUACAGCCCUUAGCCAUUUAAUUGUUAUUCAUCAAAGAGCUGAUCCUUUGUUUACGGAAUUACACAAUACUAUUAAAAAUACAGAAGACAUAUCCAUCAAGGAAACAACUUUACACGCAUUGAGGGGUAUAAUGACUCCAGCAGGAGACAAAAUGUCAGAACCAGUAAAAAAACAAAUUCAUGCAACUCUGCUAACUUUUUUGGGAGUGCCUGAAGAUACUAUCAGAAAAUGUGCAGCAGGUUGUUUAGGAGCCAUUUGCAAGUAUUUACCAUCAGAACUAUUAGAUUCUACAUUGACAGAUCACAUUUUAUGCGAUGAUAAUUCUUUAAGCAACACCUUGAGAGAGGGUAGAGCAUCAGCACUAGCUGUCGCUCUGAAAGAAGCGCCAGAACGUUUAUGGGAUGAACAAUAUAAAACAAAAUUGACACAGGCGUUACUAAGUCAAUUAUCCGCUCAAUCAGUAGCCUUAACCCAAAUUGCCAUACGAUCUUGUGGAUAUUUGUUGCAGUAUUUGUUAAUGAAAGAAGAAGUGAUACCAAAUAAUUUGUUAGUUCCUUUUGUUAGGACGAUGAACAAUAACAGCAAUGAUGUAAAACAAUUACUGGCUAGGGUGUCUUACCAUUUGGCGAAAAUUCUUCCACAAGAGAAACUAUCACCAGAUCUCCUUAAACUAUUAUUACCAACUUUAGUAAAUGGAACUAAAGAAAAGAAUGUAUACGUUAAAGCGAAUUCAGAAAUUGCUUUGAUAGCUGUUUUAAGGCUGAAAUAUGGCGAUACCAUGCUCCAGUCUUCCAAAUCCACUGAGCUUAAUCUACUCAUUUACCACGAUUAUCUAUCUAAUGCCUUGAAAAAAGGAGUUCAGGUAGAUGGAUUUAUCUAAG